AUGCUGCGCCGGCAUCCUGGCAACAGUACGACGAACGUUGCUGUCGGACGCGGCAACCGGUAUUACUCGGUACACUCUCGUCAACUCGCACCACCUCAAGAUGCCUGCCCCCUUUGUCCCCGCGACGGCCAUUGUGGCACUGUCCGAUCCCAACAAGAUCUGCCAUUGCCCGGCAAAUACGGCGCCGGCUUCCAUCUCGACCUGCCCGAAGUGCUCUCUCCCAAAGUCGGCGGCCUCGGCUGCGUCGUCCUAGCUGCUCGCAGCCCGCGUGCGCUUCGAGGUGAAAAGGUUCGCAACGCCAACGUCAGAAACGAAAAAAGUCUCAUGGUUGGAGGGAAUGAGAGACGGCCUCGGGGUGGAGAGUCGCUCACCCAAAUCGGUACACAUCAGAAACUUUACAAAGCGGGAUUCAUCUUCAACCUGCAGGUGGACGUUGGCAUCACUUUGGGAUUCUUUCUUAAGUUGACUCGGAGAACCAGCCAUCUGUCAAAUCUCAUGCGAAGUCGACAAACCAAGAUGCCUCCCCCCCCCCCCCCUCGGACUGCGAGUGGAAAAUCAUCAACUCGAGACGAGUGGCCCCGCCACGUCCGUAAAGCCCUUGCCCCUCAAAUCCGCAUCGCCCCCAUCGCGGACCGAGUGGGUGGGCUGGUGGGACGCAAACCGCACUUCGCCAACCCAGCGAAAAUGAACCCGCCAUCGCCGUCGCCGACCAGCAAGCAUUGCGAGCGACUCGGUCGCCCGGACGGCCUCAUUGGCUCAGUGGUAAAGCGUCUCACUAGUAAUGAGAAGAUCGGCGGUUCGAUUCCGCCACGAGGCAAAUCUCGGGAUCUCAUGAUGGCUUCACGGCCGUCUCACCCUCCAACCACCCCUUGGCGAUUCUAUCUCUGCCGGCCUUGUUGGCUCAGUGGUAAAGCGUCUCACUAG